GCGGGGCGGCGGCAGCGCGGGCGCAGGGGGCUGAGCCGAGCCGAGCCGAGCCCCGGGCCGGUCCGUCGCAGGAGCCGUGUCCCGCCUUGAGUGCCCGAGCCGGGACACGGAGGAGAGCUGGUGUAUCCCGGGACAGCCAUCUUGAUCCGGGGACCCUGCAGACGUGCGCGCUUCUCGUCCCGCUGAGAGCUGUUAAUUGUCACGAUGGAUUUCAGUCGGUGCGGGUGCCUUUGUAAUGUUCCCAUCGGGAUUACAAACACUCCUUACGAAUCGGCAACAAUGACACCGUGAUGGCAGAUUACGCAGCAGGGUCUUGUUCCCUCAUCUCUGCUCCAGGUCUCAGUGGUCAGAAGAUGCCGGUGGACAAAAAUGAAUCUUUGCUCUCUAACUCCUCCUCCGUGGCCUCCUCCUUGGUCAGAGCAGAUGGCAACUGGACUGGGAUCGGUCUCCAGGAAGUGGCUAUUGGCCUGAUCCUAACCCUGAUCGAUGUAAUCACUUUGCUGGGGAAUACGGUGGUGUUUAUCUGCCCCGUGGUGGAGAAGAGGCUACGCACCGUCACUUACAUGUUCAUCAUGUCCUUGGCCAUGGCAGAUUUCCUUGUGGCUUGUCUGGUCAUGCCUUUUAGUAUAAUUUAUGAGGUGACAGGGAUGUGGCUGUUCGGGAAGCUGUUCUGCAAAGUGUGGAUCUCCUUUGAUGUCAUGUUCUGCACGGCGUCCAUCGUUACCUUGUGCUUUAUCAGCCUGGAUCGAUACUGCUCCGUGGUGACCCCCUACCAUUAUUCGAAGAGGAUGUCACGUGGCAGGUGCAUUGUGAUGACUUGCAUGGUCUGGGUGUACUCCUCCCUCAUUUCCUUUCUUCCCAUCAUGCAAGGCUGGAAUGAGAUCCCUGGCGUAGAUUUUGAUGCUGGCAGAGAGUGCAUCUUUGUCACCAACUGGACUUUUGCCAUCGUCGCUUCUGCCCUGGCCUUUUUUGUCCCCUUCAUGGUCAUGUGCAGCAUGUAUUUCUUCAUCUAUCGAGCGUCACGGCUCAAAGCUACCCGCAUAGUCUCGCAGGCCCUUGAGAUUCACUACCACCCCAACAGCAAGCGGCCGAACAAUCUACAGCUGGAGAACAAAGCCACUCGGACAAUUAGCAUCAUCAUCUCGGUCUUUAUACUGUGCUGGUUACCGUACUUUGUCCUGAAUGUAUGGCUAGCUGCUAAAGGGGCUGAUUCCACCAGCUCGGUCCUGGCUGAUACCUUUAAGAUCAUAACUUGGCUGGGUUAUUGCAAUUCUACCAUUAACCCCAUGCUCUAUGCUUUCCUGAAUCGGGACUUCCAGCGGGCUCUGAAGAAGCUACUUUUCUGCAGGCGCAGGUCUCAGGUGGACAUUGGAGAAGACAUGGUUUCAAUAGCCACCUUUACUAAGACUGCUCAGGACCUGGAGUACAGCAUUAAAGUGCCAUUGUCUUCUGGAACCCUGAAAAACAAGACAAAGCAGUAAGAGGUCCAAGCUGUUUAUUGCAGGAUGCGACCGAAAGCACGCAGAGUGACUGGAGAGCAUUUGGGUGGGGGUGGGAAAUUUAUUCAUUGAACUAUUUUCAUUUUUGGGUGCAUAUUACAAAUCAACUGGCUUUGAUUUGUGUGAAAUGCAAGGAAUGAUAAUGCCAUUGUUAUUUCAUGCUCUUUUGUGCUUAGCACAAAACUAGUAGCGCGUGGGAAAACAGGAAAAGACCUUGGCCUCCCCGCUAAACUCUCCAUAACCAAUUGGGCUAUUUUGCAUUAAAAAUUACUAUUCAUUAAAAUAAAUUAUUGGGGUUCCAUGGA